AUGAUUUGUCUUUUUGUGACAGUUUUCAUUUUGAUGAUUUUGCUGACAGGACUUAUUGCUUGGAGCAUAAUUGAAAUAGCUAAAUUGAAAGAACACAAAUCCGUGAUGUUAUACAGGCCGACUGUAGAAUACUUGGAAGAUACUGAAAGAGAAGAAACAAUAAAAUGGAGGCUGAUUGAAGAACAUUCUCAGAGUCCGUUCAUGCAGAUCAAUAGCACACAUAUUCAUGUCAACGAGGACGGGUUCUUCCACAUAUCUUGUUCUUUGCUUAUGCAAACUAAUUCCCAGAAUGUCAACGUUAUUACUCUUCUUAUAUUUUAUGCAAAUGAGGAGGAAUCUAUUUACACAAAGAAGACCCUGCCUAAAAACUUCAGCCGUUUUUCCCUUCAGUAUUCAAUUGUGUUACACUUACAAAAAGGUGCCUAUUUUUACAUGCAAGUUAUCCCUUCAAAAUAUCUUCUCAAAGACCCAGAUGGUAGCUAUCUCUCAAUAACACAUGUAUAA